GUGAGCCUCCUCUCAGAGGCACCGCGGGUCCUCUGUGCUUCUGCUCAGUAUCUUGUUAGUGUAAUGCGAGGAAGUCGAGUAAGCACCACGUUGUAGCGUGUCGUCCCCAAACAGAAAACUCGUUGAUUGUGGAAUAUACUGCGAAUGAGGAUUACGUUUAUCACAUCCUUUAAAGACCGAGAGGCGCGUUUCAGACGGAGCAAAAAUUAAGGGCAAACCAGCAAAUCACUGCUGGAGCAGAGAACAACCUCUUCUUUGGCUCAUGAGAGGACAAGAGUUGCUUUGAGAAAUGUUAUCCGCUCACUUGAGCCGGAAAUAACACAGCCCUAGGAUACUGGAAUUACAACCAAAGCAGUUUAAUGAAGAGGAAAAAAAUAUAUUCUAUUACAGAUUUUAAAUCCUGUAUUUAAGGAAGAGCAUUCCAUACACACACUGUUGGAUGAAAGUGUUACUAGCCCUUGGGACCUAAAGAUGAUGUUUCCAUGGAAACAAAUUGUUCUGCUAUCAAUCACUGGAUGCCUUGCAGCCUGUACAGAGGAUGUCAUAUUCCAAGGGCCAAGAUGGAGGACAGAGCCAAGUGACCUCAUUUUACCAAUCAACACCCCAGACCAGCAGGCUACAAUCAUAUGCGAGGCAGAAGGGAGCCCUUCUCCACAGUACAGAUGGUCACUAAACGGAACACUCAUUGAUCUGGGGAAUGACUACAGGCGUCACAUGUCUGGGGGCAGCCUGAUCAUUAGCAACCUGGACAAGGACCAAGACACCGGGGUGUACCAGUGCACCGCCUUCAACACACAGGGGUCCAUUCUCAGCCAUAGAGCCAGUCUGCAAUUUGCAUAUCUUGAAAACUUUAAAAGUCAAACUGUGAGAAGCACUGUAAAUGUCCGCGAGGGCCAAGGUGUGGUUCUGUUGUGUGGACCACCAGCACAUUCUGGAGAUUUGACAUUUGCCUGGAUCUUCAAUGUGUACCCGUACUUCGUUCAACAAGACAGUCGUAGAUUCAUCUCUCAAGAGACUGGGAGUUUGUACAUCGCAAAAGUGGAGCCCUCAGACGUUGGCAACUACACCUGUGUGGUUAACAACACUGUUACAAAGGAGAGGGUGCUCAGCUCUCCUACGCCACUGGUUCUCAGAAGUGAUGGAGUGAUGGGUGAAUACGAACCAAAAAUAGAAGUUCAUUUCCCUGAUACAGUUCCAGCUGCUAAAGAAUCGUUGGUGAAACUGGAAUGCUUUGCUCUGGGAAACCCUGUCCCAGAAAUAAGCUGGAGGAGAACCAGUGGUAUCCCAUUCCCCACCAAAGUUAAAAUGAAGAAUUCAAAUGCAGUCCUUGAAAUCCCCAAUUUGCAGCAGGAAGAUGCAGGGACAUACGAAUGCAUGGCAGAGAAUCGGCGAGGGAAAAACGCUGCACGGGGUCGUGUUUCAUUCCAUGCUAAACCUCACUGGAUCCAGACAAUAACUGACACAGUUCGGUCCAUCCGGGAUAGUCUUUUCUGGGAGUGUAAGGCCAGUGGAAAGCCCAAACCAUCCUACAGCUGGCUGAAGAAUGGGGAGCCAGUGACACCUGAGUUCCGGGUGCAAGUUGAAAAUGGGGCGCUUUCUAUAACGGAGUUGGACCUGUCAGAUUCCGGGAUGUAUCAGUGUGUGGUUGAAAACAAACAUGGAAUUGUUUAUUCCAGUGCCCAACUAAUGGUGUUAGCUUCGCCUCCCAGCUUCUCCAAAACUCCAUUAAAGGCCUUGCUAAAAGCUCGAUCAGGCACUGAAGUCACUCUUGAAUGCAAGCCUGAGGCCUCACCCCCAGCAAUUAGCCUGUGGAAGAAAGGGAAUGAGAUCCUGCAGAGAACUGAAAGAAUUAUCUUGCUUCCCAAUGGGACUUUGAAGAUCGCCAAUGUGACCAAACAGGAUGCAGCCAGCUACACAUGCUUUGCUAAGAAUAUGUUUGGGGCAGCAAGCACAACUGGGAGGUUGAUUAUCACUGAGCCCACCAGAAUCACCAUGAGGCCUACAAACAUGGAGAUUAUUGUUGGCGAGAGCAUCGUGUUACCCUGCCAGAUUGCCUGCGAUCCAGCUCUGGAAGUGUCUUUCUCGUGGGCAUUCAAUGGACAGCUCAUCGACUUCCAGCGAGACAGCGAUCAUUUUGAAAGAGUGGGUGGGAGCAUAUCAGGGGAUCUGAUGGUUCGAAACAUCCAGCUGAACCAUGGAGGGAAAUAUGUAUGUGUUAUUGACACUGAUGUUGAGAGCCUGUCCACGUCUGCCAUCCUGGUUGUCAAAGGUCCGCCAGGUCCCCCUUACAAGGUAGCAGUGGAGGAGAUUACAGACAGCACAGCCCAGCUUUCCUGGAGUCCAGGAAUGGACAAUGGCAGUCCCAUCACUGGCUACAUCAUUCAGGGCCGAACACCUUUCACUGUGGGCUGGCAGGCUGUUGACACAGUGCCAGAGGAGAUCAGCGGUAACAUACUAACAGCAACAGUUGUGGGUCUAAAUGCCUGGGUGGAGUAUGAGUUCAGGGCGGUGGCACGCAACACUGUAGGCCUGGGGGAGCCCAGCCCAGCCUCAGCCAAGACCAGGACAGAGGAUGCAGUUCCUGAUACAGCCCCCACUGAUGUUGGAGGAGGAGGCGGCACAAAGUCUGAAUUAGUGAUAACAUGGGAGCCUGUUCCUGAGGAACUACAGAACGGAGAGGGCUUUGGCUACAUCAUCGCCUUCAGGGCUUUGGGCACAGUCAUGUGGACGCGAGCCGUUAUCUCCAUACCUGGCGUGGCCCGCUAUGUCUUCCGCAAUGACACCAUCUCACCCUUCUCGCCUUUCGAUGUGAAAGUGGGGGCGUACAACAACAGGGGGGAAGGGCCCUUCAGCUCGAUUGCUACAGUUUAUUCGGCAGAGGAAGUUCCCAGUUUGGCUCCUACGAGGGUUAUGACCAGAAGUGUGUCUGCAGACCACAUUGAAGUGAUCUGGGAAGCUCUCCCUGCCAUCCCUGAAAGAGUGCUUGGAUACGAGGUCGUUUACUGGGAAGAUGACACAAAGCCUGACAGUGUCGGAAAAGUGCGCAUAUCUGGAAACUACACACUAGUUAACAUCACUGGGCUGAAAGCAAACACAGUUUACUACCUCUCUGUGGCUGCUUUCAACACAGCUGGCCCUGGGCCACAGUUGGCGCCCAUCAACACCACCACAAAGAAACCACCUCCUGAUCGGGCCCCACUCAACAUACAAUGGACCAUGAUUGGCUCCACACUCACGUUGCACUGGGAUCCUGUAGUAGCUUCGGAGACGGAGUCAAAGGUCACUGGAUAUUUGGUGCUGCUCAAGAGACAUCGCUACAAUGACAUCAACACCAUCUUGACCGACAAAACCACUGUGGAGCUCAACCUCUCUGCAAAUGACAACUAUCUCAUUCAGAUCAAGGUCAUGAGUGAUGGUGGUGAAGGUGUGGGCAGUGAACCUAUCCACAUUCAGAAAUUGAGUAUGGGAGCGCGGGGCUCAGGAGCGAUCCACAUCAGCCCAUGGUGCCUCCCUUCAGUCCUCAUCAGUGCGCUGCACUUCUCCAUCUGGUGAUGAUGUCUAAUCAGAGCCUACAGAGAGCCCUCCCUCCCCACUAUCCCCUCAGUCAGCCUGUUCUUUGUUAACCGUCAACUGGACUGGCACGAGGCCCGCGCUACAGAUUCAGGGCUGGGAAAGACUGAAAAGGACUGAACUCUGCAGAACUCAACAUGACCAUGUUAUUUUCUUUUCAAUCAUCAUAUAGAGAUGUGAUGAUACGUAUGCAUGAUACUUUUUUUUUUCACCAUUUUACCAGGGUCAUUAGUGCUGGCUCAAGGUUUUACUUUAGUUAUGAUGUCCACAUGAGUUAUCUAUUUUGGUAUCAUAUGAGAUACCACUGCCUUAAAACCCAUUUUAGUCCAUACCAAAGUAGGUGACAGAGGCUGCUUGCAUUAAAAAUGUUUUAUUUUUUCCAAGAAAGGGAACUCAGAAGAAUGAAUCUUCUAAAAGUCAACUUUCCAGCUGGUGAUAUGCCGAUAGUCAAUGGUUGCAUCAAUAUUUAAUUGUCUUUAAACUCAACCAGUUCCCUUUAUAAAACAUAAAGUGGAAUCCACACUUAUCUACACAACUUUUUGCAAAAACAGAACCCCCAUUUGGGGCUUAAAAGUUAAAAAAGCUUGCAUCAGAAAUGAAUAACAUAUUAAUCAACUUGAAACUCAGAUAUUUCCAAAACUGAUAUUAGAUCUAUUUGGGAGCCACAGGCUACAUAACUUUAGGCUUCUCAGUACUGUGGUUGUUCUUGGCAUUCUAUCUCAUCUUACCAUAAAUAAUGCAUAUUACACACCACAUUCUUGGUCUAAAAAGAGAGCAGGCAAUCUAGAGAAUUGAGACAUGUGGUUUUUACCAAGUCAAACAGAUCCCCUGUUUAAUGUUGGUCUUUAGAUACAUAUCUCAUAUUACUAAACAUGCAAAGUCACCACCCCUGAUGACCAGCAGGCCUACUGCACAAUGACCUAAAGAAUAACAGUGCCUUCACUAGAGCUCACACCACCCCUUUUUCCUUUCCUUUC